CGCUGUGCAUUCUGCAGAGCAGCAUAGUGGCAUGCAGACAGGUCUCCUAUAGACGUUUGUAUAGUUUUAUGUAAGGCAAUAUUUCAGGGUUUUAUUGUGAUAUUUGCGGCCCUGCACACUUAAAGACGAGAUUGAUAACCACUAGCCAACUAACGUUAGCUUUGACCAGCGACUCCAGCGAGUUGUUACUUCAGGACUGCUUGAAUAACUAGCUUGUGUAACACAAAAAAUCGCUUAUUUGGAAUUUAUUAGUUAAACUUAUCUCGAAGUGUUGAAUUAGUAACGUUAGCUCAAUCGUCUGCUUCGCUGUUUGGAACGAUGAGCUGCCUGAAGGAAGAAACUCGAAGUGGAUCCCCUCACUGCCCCAAACCUGAUGAAUCUGAGGAGCCGCUGGGCACGGCCAUGGAGACUGGUGCUGCAAAUGAUGUCAGUGUGAAAUCUGAGAAUAUGACAUCUGAAGUGGUCAUCACUAAGGAAAUGGAGGAAGAAGAGAAGCACCUGAUGGAGGAAGGGGAGAGGAAAGAAAAGGAGAUGAUGGAAAAGGCCCGGGAAUCAAGGGAGAAGGAUUCUCAUGACAUGCGGUUCAAGAGACUUCAGCAUUUGCUUCAGAAGAGCAACAUCUACUCUAAAUUCCUGUUGACUAAAAUGGAGCAGCAACAAAAUGAGGAGAAACUCAAGAAGGAAAAACUUGAAAAGAAGGCCAAGAAGACCGUGAACAGUGCAGAGCCUGAGAAAGAUAAAAAGAAGAGGAGGAGGGAUGAAGACUACAAAAUAGCAGAUGUCAUGUCCAAAGAAGAAAUCAUGUCACAAGCUAAGAAAGCAAAAGUGGAGGAAGCGGACGAGGCACCGGCCCAGAAGAAACUAGAAGCUGAGGAUAUCGAGAAGAUGAGCGAUUCCAACCAAGAUAUCAAGAACCGUCUGUCAGAGACAGUGCGAGACAACGCCAAGCACCUCCUGGAUCCUCACAGGAAGGUCAACGGCCAGCCGGUGCCCUGCCAGCAGCCAAAGCUCUUUGACGGAGGGGUCAUGAGGUGGUACCAGAUUGAAGGCAUUGAGUGGCUGAGGAUGCUGUGGGAGAAUGGCAUCAACGGGAUCCUGGCUGAUGAGAUGGGACUGGGAAAGACCAUUCAGUGCAUCGCUCACGUCGCCAUGAUGAUAGAAAAGAAAGUGAUGGGGCCCUUCCUGGUGGUGGCCCCCCUCUCUACUCUGCCCAACUGGAUCAACGAAUUCAAGCGCUUCACACCAGAGGUGUCUGUGCUGCUUUACCAUGGCACCCAGCAAGAGAGGGCCAAGCUACUGAAGCAGAUCCGCAGGCCUCAGGGGCCCCUCAGCAUGUGUCCUGUGGUCCUCACCUCCUUUGAGAUCUCCAUGAUAGACAGAAAAUUCCUGCAGCGCUUCCAGUGGAAGUACCUGAUAGUGGACGAAGGCCACAGGAUCAAAAACCUCAACUGUCGGCUGGUGCGGGAGCUGAAGACUCUGCCCACUGACAACAAACUACUGCUGACUGGCACGCCACUUCAGAACAACCUGGCUGAGCUCUGGUCUCUGCUCAACUUCCUCCUGCCAGAGGUGUUUGAUGACCUCAAGAGCUUUGAGUCGUGGUUCGACAUCGACAGCAUCACUGAAGCAGAGAAUGUGGUGGCUACUGAGCGCGAGCAGAACAUCCUCAGCAUGUUGCACCAGAUUCUGACUCCAUUCCUGCUCAGGAGGCUGAAGUCAGACGUGGCGCUGGAGGUUCCUCCUAAGAAGGAGAUCAUUGUUUACGCUCCUCUGACGGCCAAACAGGAGUCCUUUUACACUGCUGUGGUCAACAAAACCAUUGCCAAGAUGCUGGGCCAGGAAAAGGCGGAGGCUCCUGUAAUGUUGACGUCAAGUGGCAGGCCGAAGCGAAGAAGUCGAAGGGUGGUGGACUACAACGAAACAGAUGGCGACAAUCGGCAUGACUUGGAGAAAUAUCUUGAGAGGGUCCGCAAGGAGCUUGAACAGAGCUCCACUCCAGUGCUGGAUGUCCAGAGCCCGCUGGAUGCUCAGAUCAACCUGAAGCUGCAGAACAUUCUCAUGCUGCUAAAGAGAUGCUGUAACCACCCUUACCUAGUGGAGUACCCCUUGGACCCUGCCACACAGGAGUUUAAGAUUGAUGAACAGCUGGUGCAGAGCUCCGGGAAGUUUCUCAUACUAGACACACUGCUGCCUGCACUGAAGAAAAGGGGACAUAAGGUUCUAAUCUUCAGUCAGAUGACAUCCAUCUUGGAUCUUUUGAUGGAUUACUGUUAUCUGCGGGGCUUCCAGUACAGCCGACUGGAUGGCAGCAUGUCCUAUUCCGACAGAGAAGAAAAUAUGACCAAGUUUUCCAAAGAUCCCGAGGUGUUCCUGUUCCUGCUGAGCACCAGAGCAGGAGGACUUGGGAUCAACCUGACAGCAGCUGAUACUGUCAUCAUCUUUGAUAGUGACUGGAACCCCCAGUCAGACCUGCAGGCUCAGGACCGCUGUCACAGAAUCGGGCAAACCAAACCAGUUGUGGUGUACCGCCUGGUCACAGCCAACACCAUUGACCAGAAGAUCCUGGAGAGGGCCUCGGCCAAGAGGAAGCUGGAGCAGAUGGUCAUCCACAAGAAUAAGUUCAAAGGUGCAAAGGCUGAGCUGAACCAAAGUAAAAGCUGCAUUGAUCUGGAUGAGCUGAAGGAGCUGCUCAAAGCCAGAGGCACUGAGAAAGAGGUGAAAGCAUCAAGGGGGAAGGUGAUCAGCGACAAGGACCUGGAGCUUCUGCUGGAUCGCAGCGACUUGCUGGACAAAGGAAAGGGGAACAUGAAGAAAGAGAGGGUGGGAGUCUUCCGAGUCAUCGAUGAUAAAGAGUCGUCAGAGAUCAAGCUGACCUGAAAACACAUCACUGUUCAGACUUCAACUUCUGACCACAGUCCUGAAGAGAAACUGACGCUGCACCUAGAUGGCUCACAACUGCCGUCACUUGUAGAGAAAACACCUUGAAACUGCUGUCUGUAGACUUUGAAUCGUGUAAUUCUGUCUUUUACUUUGUUUACUACCUUGAUAGUUCUCUGUUUGAUGAGGUUUUUUUUUGUUGUUGUCGUUAACCACUGUUCCCUGUUUAAGAGUUGACUGUCAUUUGGGUAUUUGAUGGUCAUCAAUGAUAUUUUGAUUAUUUUCAUGGUAAAGAUAAAGAAAAAGAUUCAGUUUGCCCAGAUACUUAAGCUCAUUUUCUCCCUGGCAGUGGCUUUAAGACUAUCAGGGGACACCAGAACCUGCCAGUAAACCCACAACAUUCCAUUCACCAGAUGUUCACAAAUUAGAAAUCAGACUAGAAGACUGACUGACUGGAUGCUCUCUUCACUCUCAGGAUGCCAUUUCUCCUGCCUUCACCGGCUGUUGACAUGGUCUAUGCAUCUGUUAGACAAGACAAAGCCGUAGUGACAUGGUGUAAUCAGGUUAUUCCAUUCCAAACAGCUGAUCUGUAUUAUCUUUAACAAUGUUGUAAUCAACGCACUUUCCUGCAGGUCAUGUAUACAUGUUCUUUUAUGUCUUUUUAUAUAAAUAAACUACGAAUUGAUAA